UGCUUCCCAUCUGCCUCGCUCUCCUGAUGAUCUCAAAACUCUUCUCCCUCGCCGGCGCCGGUCCCGCUUCAUCUUCCUCUGUGUCCAAAUUUGCUUACAACGGCUUUCUCGGCGCCAAUCUUGAGCUGAACGGCGCUGCGGAGAUCCUGCCCAACGGCCUACUCCGGCUCACCAACAACAACGACAAACAGGAGGUCGGCCAUGCAUUCCACCCGAUCCCCUUCUCUUUCUUAAACUCCUUCGAAGAACCCUUCUCUUUCUCUACCUCAUUCAUAUUUGCCAUUUUUCCCCUGUACGCCGACCUCAGCUCUGAAGGAAUCGCCUUUGCUGUCUCUCCUACCAGUAAUCUACCCGCCGUCCUCCCCAGCCAGUACCUAGGACUUUAUAACUACACACACAACGACGAUCCUAAUAACCACAUCGUCGCAGUCGAACUUGAUACCACAGAGAGCAAGGAGUUCAGCGACAUCAACGACAACCACGUAGGCAUCGACGUCAACGGCUUGAAAUCUGUCGCCGCCGCUCCCGCGUCCUUCUUCUCCGACUCAUCCUUCGAUUUCGGAUUCCAAAAUCUGAGCUUGAUCAGCGGUGAACCGAUGCAAAUUUGGGCAGAGUAUGAUUCUAAAAACAUCCAGUUCAAUGUCACCAUAGCUCCUCUCAAUGUCAAGAAACCCAGCUUACCACUACUCUCAUCAAAAGUUAAUCUUUCUUCGGUUUUGCUGCGUGAUAUGUAUGUGGGCUUCUCAGCCUCGACUGGCGCUGCAACUGGGUCGCAUUGUAUCCUGGGGUGGAGUUUUGCCAUGAACGAAACAGCAGAAGAGCUCAAUCAUUCUAAACUUCCAGUACUACCACCAAGAGAAGAAGAGGCGGCCAUGAAAAAAACAAAUCAUUGGGUUCUCCCAAUUUCGAUAGCCGUUGCAGUAUCAUUGUUGUUGUCCAUUUGUACUGUAACGGUGGUAGUGCUGUUGAAGAAGAGGAGGAAGUACGCAGAGGUGAUUGAAGAAUGGGAAAAAGAGUACGGGCCACAAAGAUUAUCGUACAGAGUUCUGUACAAAGCCACCAGAGGCUUCAGCAAAGAAAACAUAUUAGGGAACGGAGGAUUCGGGGAAGUUUAUAAAGGGCAGCUUCCCAAAUCGAAGCAACAGAUUGCAGUGAAGAAGAUCUCCCAUGAAUCGAAGCAGGGGAUGAAGGAGUUUGUGGCAGAGAUCGCCAGCAUCGGUCAGCUUCGGCACCGCAACCUGGUCCAGCUUCUCGGAUACAGCCGACAACAAGGAAAGCUCAUGCUAGUCUAUGAGUUCAUGCCCAAUGGAAGCCUGGACAAAUACAUCUUCGGGCGAGUAGAGAAACCUCUUAGUUGGAAACAGAGGUUUCAUAUAAUCAAAGGCAUAGCGGCAGCGCUGCUUUAUCUGCACGAGGAAUGGGAACAAGUUGUGCUUCACAGAGACAUAAAGGCGUGUAAUGUACUCCUCGACGCCAAAUUCAAUGGAAAGCUUGGUGAUUUCGGGCUGGCGAGGCUACAGGAUCGGGGAGAGAUUGCGGAGACGACGAGGGUGAUGGGGACAUUUGGUUAUCUUGCUCCAGAGCUCUCGAGGACGGGUAAGUCUACGACGAGCUCGGAUGUAUUUGCUUUUGGGGCGUUUCUGCUUGAAGUGGCUUGUGGGAAACGGCCGGUGGAGCUGAGGGGGUGUGGGGUGCAGAUGGUUUUGGUGGAUUGGGUGAUAGAGUUUUUGAAAAAAGGGAAGUUGUUGGAGGCGUGCGAUAGGAGAUUGGAGGAGUUUGAAUCGGAGGAGGUGGAGAUGGUGUUGAGGUUGGGGUUGAUGUGCUCCCACCCAAUGGCGGCGGCGCGGCCUGGUAUGAGGCAGGUGGUGCAGUACCUUGAAAGAGAGACACCGCUGCCAGAGAUGACGGCGGAGGAUUUCAGCUUGUUUCAAUUGGCUUCUCUUAGGAAUGGGCUGGUUGAUUGUGCGUUCUCCGUCGACAGCAGAUGA